AUCGCGCUGGGAAAGUAACAAUUCUCUACUGCUGCUUGGUGGAGGACAUUCGCGUAUAUUUUUUAAAAGAAAAUGAGAUGUCUACAUGGAGUAACCUGCAGCACGUACCCCGGGCUGUUUUUAUCUGUUGCUGUUGCUUCCUUCUACUGUCAAUCCCCGCUGCAGCAAACGACCAAGGUGAGCCCCACGAAACAAUGAAAGAUGGACAUCAUCGACAGGAGACCGACACAUGGAGAAGAAGGUUGGACGAUGUGGUCGGUGAUAGUCGGAUGAUACAUACACAGCGCCUCUACGCUGCCUAUCGGGAUCGGCUGAGGCGCAAUCAAGAGAUCAAGGAUAAGGACAGCGAGGAUUCACUACAGUCAGCCCAGUACGUUGGCCGGAUGGACACUAUCAAGUCAAAGGAAGAAGAGGAAGAACCCGCCGAUGGGAAGAAGCCCGUUGGGAUGCUAAUACUGAAGAUGGACAACGCGCCCAGUCAAUUGGAGGCAUCCGUUAAUACAACAUCAAUGGCGGCUCAUAAAGAGGAAGCAGAAGACCAGCCAAAUCAGAUAUACAUCGAAGAGGCCCCGCAGCAGCCAGUGACGGUCCCAGCCUCAAACCGAAACCCAGAGUCCUCUUCCAAAUCCUUGACGGAGUCCUUAACCAAGUCCGGUAUGCAUGGGCUCAGUGCCUUGACAGAGUUAUUGAAUUUUAUCGAGCGCCUCAAGGAGAGUGAUAUCGUAAGCGAUCUCGCAAAAAAGAUCAGCGAUGAAAUGGAGCACCGCCUGUGGAGUAACAACUCCCUGUUCGCCGACUCACUGCAUGGCACGUUUGGUCUGGCCUCAGAUGAACGUCUCAAUGAGCUGCUCGAUGAAGUGGAUCCCCAGAGGACCGCUACUAGGUUCAAGCACAUCCUGAAAAACUUAAAGAAGCGACGACUGACUGACCAUCCGGGGGGCCUCUAUGACGACUACCAAAAAAUAUUCUCCCAAGCGCUCGGCGAUCAGAAGUAUCCUCGUCAGUACUCCGCGCCCAGUAAAGUGGAAGUCCCCAUGGAAGAUGACUAUAUGCGUAGAACGAUUGGGUUCAACCCAUGUCGAUGUGACAACUCAAGGCCGGCAAUGCUGGCAGCCGAUCAGGGGCAAGUGCAGGCCAAGAAACAGUUCAAGCAGAAGGUCGCGGAUAAAUUACCGUCUCGGGAAAACAACUACAUGAAAUCCUUGGAGACAUUCCUCAAGAUGAACAAGGAGAAUCAGUUUAACGGCGGCCUCAAGCCGUACUACUUGCCGAAAUCGAAGAACCGACAGCUCAUCUGGAACGAGGUGCCACUGAUCAGGCCGGGACUGAGCCCAGAAGCCCACAAACUGAAAGCGGACAGCGCAAAGAAAACGCAUCUUCGCAAUGAAAUACAAAAACUCAAAGCACAAGACAGCCGUGACUUUAAGGCCAGACCUAAAACGCAUCCUGCCCCAGCGAAAGACCUGGCUCCUGGUCUGCAUCGCCACGAUAUUAUAAAUGGCUUGAGCGCCAUUAAACAGUCGCCGUUCAACAACCUCUUCGAUGAGUACCAAAGGCAAAUGGAGAGGCUGAGGCAGAGCUUUCAGUCCGAGCAGUCCGACCAUGCAGCAUUCAAGCGGUUCGCGGUCAACAAUCUAUACCCGGUCCAAGCCGUAACCCCAGUGCCCUUCCCCGAGGCACUCAUCCAUCGAGGUGGCAUGGGCUCCGCCCCGCAGAUGGGGGGGAAUAUGAUUAACAAUAUGGCCAGUCAAAUGAAUAUAUCUCCGCUGGAGAUGGCCCAACGCAUUGUGGGUUCGAAUGGGAGUCCAGCUUCAGGUCAAGGUUCCAAUUCCAUGGGUUCAGAUGGUCGCAUGGGAUUGAAUGCAGGAUAUGGUCCAUUACAGGGCCAGACAUUGAAUGUAGGUUCAGGUCCGGGACCUGGCUCGUAUCAAAAUUCCAUUCCUUCAGAUGGUCGGAUGGAAUUGCCUUCAGGAUAUGAUUCAUUUCAGGGACAGUCGGGAAACCAGAUCAGCAAUGGCCAUGUACCAUACCACAAAUCGUCGAAGCUUGCGACGCAGGAGACGCCACCACAGGACCCGCCUGCGCAGGAGCCGCCGACCCAGAAGCCAUCGAAAAAUGCCUCGUCGACUCAGGAUCCAGCCAACAUAGCCCCAGUGCUGGAGAAGAUUCUGCAGCGUUUGGAGACCAUGCAGAAGGGCAAAUGUGGCAACGAGACCGUUGAUGAAGAGGACCUUAAAGACCUGCCCUGUUGCUUUACCGAUCCGGCGGAUGGUACACCCUGCGACAUAAGUGGUUCUUGGGAGUCCCUGGUGCUGGGCGUGCGGAUCAAUAUCCGCACUCCAAAAAACAAAAAGUUGUUCUCUACCACGGAAGAGAAGAAGCAAACUUGUAUUAAUCCCAAGCAAGGGAAAUCUCGGCGACAGUGCGUGAAGAUUAGCCAAUCCCAGCUGAAGGACAAGGCUGAUACGAAGAAAGAAGAGCUCUUACAUUCCGGCUUGAUGAUCAAUGUCAGCGUUCAGGAAACAGUGCCGCCACGAGCCCAUGUUCUCCUCGAGAACAUCACGGACUGGGAUUUCUCGGGGCAUGCCCUAAGGACAAUGGGGGGACCCGUGUCGCUGUCAUUCCGCAAGCAAAAAUCCAAUCUGGUGGGCAACUUUGUUGGCUACUGUCGCACCUGCGGUUGCGUGGAUACCAUAUUCGGAUCGUGGACCUUCUGUCAGCCAUCCAGAGAUUGCCAGGACAUCACCAUGUCCAUUGUGGACAGGCGGGAUCUAUUGAGGCGGUACAGCUUGGACGAGAAGCGAAUGAAUCGCUACAAAGAACAGCUCUAUCUGGGCAGCAAGUUUGCCCAAAAGGAAAGAGAGCGCAUGGAAGCCGAAAUAGGGAAUUAUGAAAAGCCCACCCCACCGCCGCAACUGCAGCAGGGUGGUCUCGCCUGUGGCUAUCUGUAG